AUGAAAGAGGUGAAUUACGGUUGGACAGACAUAUAGCGCAAAUUCCAGUUUUUGUUUACGUUUUGUUUUGAUCAGAACGUGCACUAUUGACUCCGUCCUGAAGGGGUUAAUCCGUUUUGUAUCACGCUCAGCCAGACUGUGGACAAGUUAAGACUUGUAUUUUACCUGGGCUAGUUCCUGCUGGGUAACCCCCCACCAAUGGUGUGCGUGGGGCACUGUGGGUGUGAAUUGCAUGCUGGCUCCUUAUAAUAGAUAGGCGUGGUAACCAGGCUGAGACCUGAAUGUCAUGUUUGUCUCCGGCACUGAUUGGGGACAAUGUGUCACUCCCAGGCUCUUUCCUCAUUCUCACCCAGGCAGAGCGAUUUCCCUGCUGACCGCUGCUGAGUGCUGGGAUCUGCAGGCUAUUUACAGCAGCUGUUCGACUCCUCCUACAACAACAGACACAGAAAGAACUUUGAAACCAAACACAGAACAGAACUCCAGAGAACUAAACACCGGGUGAAAACACACAGGGUGGAGGGGAGUCACAAUGUAUCUCUCUUGGACACAUUAACACACAAAGUUCCAGGAGGACACAGGCAAAGCCCGAAUACAACAUACCAAGCACACACUGAAUCCAAGUAGCCUACCAGAGCUGUCAGACUGCCACCAUGGUAAGUGCAAGCCUGUGUUUCACGAUAGAACAUGGGGUAGGCUCCCUCUAGCUACCCUGCAUUCCUACCACCACCACCCACAGCCUCACCUUCUUUUCUUUAACAACUACUCCCAUCACCCUAAUCAGUCACAGGUGAAAUAAAGCCACCUUCUGUCUCCCCUUCCCCACAGCUUGCAUUUUAUUUCCUACUUGUUUCACUUUCAAAUGUGGUUAGGAAAUGUUUCAUUAGGGACAGAGUAGUGCAUAGCGAACUUUCAAAAAGAUAUUCUUUAAUGAAUUGUGACUAAGAAUGUAAAUCCACUAAUUUAAGUAUUGCUCGACCUAUUGACAUAUUUUAUAAAUGCAUAAUGAAACGUAUCAGCUGUUUUUACAAAAUGAUAACCUAUUAGUCUGUAUUUGUUUACAUGAUUUAGUUCUUUUUGGGAGUUUAUCUAAUAUUUAAAUACUCUAGACAUGAGUUAAUGUCUAAAUAGUUGUGUAAUAGGAUCUCUGGUGCUUUACACACUCUCUUUAAUAUUAAGAUUUUAGUUAUUUUUUCAGAAGUCUGCUCAUCCGGAGACAAUAAGAUUUUGUCACUUACAUGGGCUGGUCUAAGACUUUGUGCUGCUUGGUUUCCCAACAGUUUUCAGAAAUUCCCAUUUCAUCAACUCUCCUUGACACCAUCUCAUGAAUUGCACAUCAGCUGAUUUCAUCUUCUGCUCUUGCCAUAACACAUUUAAAUAUAGAUAUUCACAUUUUUAUUUGCUCUAACAGUUAUUCAUAUAUUCUUUUUCCAGUUAAUAUGCCCCUAAAACUGUUCCUUCUUGGCAGGUUAUGCCCCUGUCCCCAGUCUCCCUUUAUCUACCCCAUCUAUCCUCUCUUGUUGCCUGCCAUAUUCCCAUUUCCACUGCCUCCAAAUUGUUAUUCCUUUUCUAUUUAACAUCAUAACUUCUUAAAAUAAAGCACUUUCAGUACUGUUUAGCAACGUUGGUAUUUAAGGACACAUGUGUUUUGUGUUGGGGCUGACCAUGUAAAAGUUCCAUUGCAAGUUUACUGUUCUGGUUGCAGGAUAAUUGCUGUUAAUUAGAGAUGUUUCAGAUACAUAUUUAUUAACAUAAUGACUGGUGUGGGGCUGGGACUUGGUCUGGAUUCUGAAUUCCCCGCACUUUGUCUCUCUAUAUCUGGUGAUUUGUAGGUCCAUGACUUGUGAUUUAUUUUGUCUUUUCUUCAUCUUCCAUCCCUUCUUUGCAUUCUUGCUCUCCUAUUUUUCUCUCUUUCCCUUUUUUUCAGUGGUUCAGGGGUUGCUGUCACAUUUCCCCUGGCUCUCUCUAUGGUUGUCCUCUCUCUGUGUGUAUACAAUAGCCGGUAUUAUUGAAGGUAGCUUUUUGUUUUAUUGUUUUGCCCUCACAAUGACAUAUCAACCUUUACACCUCACAUCCCAAAGUAUAAAACAACUUAAUUCCCCUAACAAAAGGCAUUUAAUGCUUAGGUGUAUUAUAUUAAAUAUGUUAAAUGAUCCAAAGCUGCCAUCAUCCUCUUAAAGGAGACAAGACUUCUCAAAGACUUCCCUACUAACUGAUCACACUUACACUAGAUGUGUCUACGGCACCCACGCCAAGCACAAUGUGUCUCUUGAAUUUUCUCUUUCACCUCUGUCAUUUGACAAGUGGUCAUAGAGCUUGUCUUUCCUACAAGUCAACAGCGCCACCAUCACCUCUACAUUGCAGGCUCACUGCCUAGGUGUUCUCUUGGACUCCGACCUCUCCUUCACCCCUACUGUCCAGUCGAUCGCAAAAUCCUGCCGCUUCCAUCUCAAAAACAGAUCCGCCCUUAUUUAACAUCAGACAGUUCUUUCUCGCCUUGACUACUGCAAUCCCCUUCUCAGUGGUCUUACGUGUUCCCAGAUUGCACCCCUGCAAAGGGAUUAUCUGGCCUAGCUGUCCUUGGAGUUUGUGACUGAAACAUACCAUACUUAAGGACCUAUAGUCACCCAUCUCAAUGAAGGUGUCUGGGUGCAGUGAUCAUUUUAGUUUUAAUUCUGCAAAGUAAAACAUUGUACUUUUUCAUAAACAGCAGUGCUUACAUUCAAGUCCACCUCUGUAUUUCUCCUCCUUACCAAGUAAAAUUCAGUCUGUGAAUCAAAAGCUGCAGCAUUUUGCUACGCAUGCUAUCUCAAAUCCGUGUGACCUCAGAUGGAGAUAGAGGCUGCAGCUGAGUAGUUACAGAGUUGGAAACAAGGUAAUUUUAUUUUACUUAAUUUUUUACACCACAAAAGGUGGUGGACAGAAGAGAACCUAUAGUCCAGAAAUAAAAAAUAUAUAUUUUUGGGACUAUAGGUUCUUUUAAGAGCUCACAUUACUUUUGUGCUCCAAAUUUACUUUUUGGGGAAUAAUUACAGAGAGUUUCCCAUGCUCAUGAAUUAGGCUGUGAUUAGAGGCCCGUUUAUACAGAUUUCUUCCCACUGUAAAAAGCAGACGCAUGAGGCCCUUUUACUCUGUGUGCAGAGCCUAUGAAUUGGGAAUUUAGGCAUAAAUCAAAUCCCUCCCUGGACAUUAUGAGAAACCCCGAUAGGAGAAGGUCUGAACUUAGGAAACCUAUAAAGGAGGAUUGUUGUGGUUCAAACAGACCUACUGUGAGAAGGCGAAUAAAAUGAACACUCUUCUGGCAAGACGGUUGCGCCUUAGCUUGCAUUUCUAAUUUACUUGGGACAGACAGAUCACCAUUAAGCCAUGUAAAAUAGCCCAGACCCUUUCAGACUUCCUGGUCAGCUUAUACAGUUUAUAUACAGACCUUCUCAUACUCUCUGCAACAGUGUGCUGAUAAGCAUGAUAGAUUAAUUUGUGGAGCAGCUGGGUGUCUACCAUUUUUCUUUCAUGAACAAAAGGUAGCACUGGAGAGGUUUUCUGCCUUACACUCUUCCUUUAAUCUACAUAACAUAAUUAUGAUUCGAAAGAGUAAGGGGAACACUUGUCUCCUGACAGCUAUCGUCCCAUUUUAAUUGUUGACACUCAGUAGUUCCCUAUUCCCAAAAGGCUUGAGACAAAUAUGUACAUUUCUCAAGCCAUUUUGUGAUUGGGGAGCUACUGAUAGGCUAUGAAAGUCAGCUGAUGCUGUCAGUCUAUCAGCAGCGUCCAAUCCAAGGUUUCCUGUUUCAAGCCUCGGAUUCAAACAAAUGUGUAAGUGGCAGAGCUGACUGGCUCUGGAUAGAAGACUUUGGGGUUAAAUGUUUUUUUAAAAGGUUAAGUAGCAAGGUACGCUGGGUACAGGGACCUCCAGCCACCAUAACAACCUAAUUCUAAUUGAGUUAUUAUGGUGCCUGGAGUGUGUCUUUAAAUUAAGUUGUUGUUUUUUUAAUUAAUAUCUUAUAAAGGAACAUUUUACAUGUUCGUAAUAGGAGAAACUUUCACUCUCUUAUUUUUUUUUAUGUAACUUACACAAACAGUUUCAUAGCCUCCAUCCACUCAGGUUUGAAUCGUGCUUCAGCUAGUCUGCAUCUAUCUAGAAUGAUGUAAAUAUAAGAUAGUGCAGAUAAACAACUAGGAGUCACCCAGUGAAACUUAAUCACUGUGCAGUAACCUAUCAUUACUUAAUCCAUCAAAUGACUCAAAUUAUAACCCAAACCGAUAGCUGUGCAAUUAAAUUGGAAGAAGAGGUCUAGUCCGGGAGUACAGAAAGUGUCUAGAAUACUACGGCAGAAAAAACCUUCAAUGCUCGAAUUUCUCAAUAUGUCAUUCCCAGCUCUCAGAGUUUCACUAAAGCAAGAAUUGUUGUUCAAAGUGAUAUUAGAAUUUAAGGGCAAAGUAACCAAAUUGGCAACAAUGCUGAUUUGGAAAUUGUUUCCAAUUUGACUAUUUUGGCCUUAAAUGUAAAAUGAACUUUGAAUUCCCAACAGUUCUCACUUUAGUGAAUAACCCUGUUUUUGUUUAACCCCUUAAGGACCAAACUUCUGGAAUAAAAGGGAAUUAUGACAUAUCACACAUGUCAAGUGUCUUUAAGGGGUUAAACUGGGAUCAUAUCCAGUCUUGACUCCAAUAACCUUCUUCAUAUUGGACUUUCUAACAGCCAUUUGAGGUGUAAAUACUAAACAAUGAGAUGGUGAACAUGAUUUAAAUUAUAAAAUCAAGGCAAAGAUUUGGGAAGAUUUUCUAAUUUAUGUAUUUUGGCACAUGUUUUCCAAUUUAGUUACAAAAUGCAGCUGCAAACUUUUAAUUUACUCUGCUCCAUUCAGCCAGGCAAAUAUAAUGCAAACACACCUGCGCUUUAGCUCCAUCCUGUUGUCACUCAAUUUUAAGAGGAAGUGGUGAGACAUAGAAAGAAAAGAAAACAGCUGUGCCAAGCUCUUGCAUCCCUGAUGUGAAUGUAGGCUAUAUAGCUAAGCUAUACAGCCACUCCUGACACCAUAAACACUACUGUAGUCUUGUUGUUAUGCUUGGAGGCUUCCUUUAACCCCUUAAGGACACAUGACAUGUGUGAUAUGUCAUGAUUCCCUUUUAUUUCAGAAGUUUGGUCCUUAAGGGGUUAAAGGACCACUAUAGUGCCAGGAAAACCUACUCGUUUUCCUGGCUCUAUAGGGUCUUGGGUCCCCCUCACCCUCUGGGCCGCCCUCCCGCCAGGCUCUAGGGUGAGGAAGGGGUUAAUCCCUUACCUUUUUUUUCAGCGCCGGGCUCCAUCGGCGCUGGGGACUCUCCUCCUCCUUUCCCCGCCAUCGGCUGAAUGCGAAGGCACGAGCCGCACGCACAUUCAGCCAUUCUCAUAGGAAAGCAUUCUCAAUGCUUUCCUAUGGAUGCUGGCGUCUUCUCACUAUGAAAAUCACAGUGAGAAGUGUGGAAGCUCCUCUAGUGGGUGUCAAUGAGACAGCUACUAGAGGCUGGAUUAACCCAUAGGUAAACAUUUCUGAAACUGCUAUGUUUACAGCAGGCAGGGUUAAUCCUAGAUGGACCUGGCAUCCAGACCACUUCAUUAAGCUGAAGUGGUCUGGGUGCCUAUAGUGGUCCUUUAAGCAGAAGCUCAACAUUUUUAUUAUUACUAUUUAAAGUAAUAGGUGACGUAUUAUAGCCUAUGUUUGAAAUAUUUUGUAAUCCAUGCAAUAAAAAAAAAUAUUUAUUUUCAAUGCAUCUCCUGGCUUAGCCUUGCAAUAUGGAGGCUGCCAUCAUUAAAGGGACUCUCCAGGCAGAGAAUUUUACUCACCUGGUUCCAGCGCCUGGAGCCUCGUGAAGCCGCGCCCCCUAUUUCGUCAAAAUUACGAAAUAGGCGGGUGCGAGCAGGGAGCAAUCAGACGCUUCAUGACGCCCUCUGAAGUCCGGAGUGCAAUACCGUGCAUGCGCGCGGUGUGCGUGGCCACAAGCUGAGCUGACUGACAGCUCAGCUCGCGGUCUUUGCGCGCCCCCUUUCCUCUGCUGACAGGCAGAAGAGAGAAGGCGCGCACACAGUGCCUUCUCUCUCCUGCACACAUUAGACGGAUUUUAAUACGUCUGACGUGUACAAGGCCUUUUUAGGGCCCUGCAUGAUAGGAAGUCAAUCUGGUGGCCGUCUGAGUGACGGCACUGGAGGUAUUCCUAUCAAUCAAUGUAAACAAUGUAUUUUCUCUGAAAAUACAGUGUUUACAUUAGAUUGCCUGCAGGGAGCUACAGAUCAUACCUGAACAAAUACAUUAAGCUGUAGUUGUUCAGGUGACUAUAGUGUCCCUUUAAGCCUCUUAGAUCUAAAGCACAGACUAUAUUACAUUCAACCUUUUAUUUUCAGUAAUAAUAAAGAAAAAAACUGACAGUUUUCCAUAAUGCUGUCAAAAAAAGUUGUAGUUCUACAAAAGCUGAGAAUUUACACUGAUCAGCCAUAACAGUAAAACCACCUGCAUGAUAUAGUGUAAGUCUCCCUCAUUCUGCCGAAAAAGCUCUGAUGCAUCGAGGCAUGGACUCCACAAGACCUCUGAACAUGUCCUGUGGUAUCUGUCAGCAAGAAAUUAGCAGCAGAUACUUUAAGUCCUGCAAGUUGCGAAUUGGGGCCUCUAUGGAUUUGUUGUUCCAGCACAUUCCACAGAUGCUCAUUAAUAUUGAGAUUUGGAUAAUUUGGAUGCCAAAGCAACAUCUUGAACUCUUUGUCAUAUUCCUCAAACAAUUACUGAACAUUUUUUGCAGUAUGGAGGGUUGCAUUAUCCUGCUGAAAGAGGCCAAUGCCAUCAGAAAACCAUUGAAGUGAAGGGGUGUACAUGAGCUGCAACAAUCUCUAGGUAGGUGGUAUGUGUCAAAGUAACAUCCACAUGAAUGCCAAGACCCAAGGCUUCCCAGCAGAACAUUGCUGAGGGCAUUACACUGCCACUGCUGACCUGCCUUAUUCCUAUAGUGCAUCUUGCUGCCAUCUCUUCACAAGGUAAAUGACACACACGCACCCAGCUAUCCACCUGAUCUAAAAGAAAACAUGACUUACCAGACCAGACAAUCUUCUUCCAUUGCUUCAUGGGGCCGUUAUGAUGCUCACAUCUACAUUGAUAGUGCUUUCGGCAGUGCACAGGUGUCAUCGUGGUCACUCUGACUGAUCUUCCCCAUACGCAGAAAACUGUAAUGCACUGUGUGCUCUGACACAUUUCUAUCAUGGCCAGCCUUAGAUUUAUUUAUUUAUUUUUUAUUUUUUUUAGCAAUUUGAGCUUAAAGGGACAGGCCAGGCACCAAAACAACUUAAUUUAAAUGAACAUUUUAACCUCUUGUGGUAAGAGUGCCACCAGGGGCCUCCUGACACCAUAACAAAUUGAUUUAAUUGAUGUUGAUUUGGUGCCUGGAGUGUCCCUUUAAGUAGCUCUUCUGUGUGAAAGGACCAGACAGGCUAGCCUUUGUUCCCCACGUGCAUCUGUGAGCCUUGGAUGCCCAUGAACCUGAUUGUCCUUCCUUGCACCACUUUUGGUAGGUACUAACCACUGCAUGCCGGGAACACCCCAGAAGACUUGGCUGUUUUGGAGAUGCUCUGACCCAGUCAUCUUACCAUUGCUAUUUGGCCUUUGUCAAAAUCACUCAGAUCUUUUUGCUUGCCUAUUUUUCCUGUUUCCAACACAGGAAAUUUAAGGGUUCACUUUCUGCCUAAUAUAUCCCACCACUUGACAGGAGCCAUUGCAUGUCUCUGAACCAUCCUGAUUUUGGUGGGACAGUCCAGAUUUUCAGGUCCUCUCCCACCAUCCCACCUUAGUUCCCUGCUGUCCUGCUUUUGGGGACUCCCCUCCAGCAUUCAUGGCAUGAGUGCAUCAUAAGACAUGCUCGGGCUAUGUCCAAGGCACUAGGACUCUGCAAGGUGCACUGAAACUGUCUCGCCCUGAGUGAUGGACAGGCAGCCUGGUGUGUAUUCACACUAGGUUGAUCUGCCAUUAAGUUGGGCGACUCGAUCACCUCACUGCUUUUACCUCCCUUCCUCUGGCAUCAAUAUUAUUUACUUCACCUGUCAGUGAUUUUAAUGUUGAUCAGUGUAAAUUUUGUCCAAACCUAUUGUAAGGCGCAAAUGCAUAAUAAAGAGUUUCCAUUCAUGAAACAAAAAGGUCAAAGCACUUUAUUUAAUUGAAGUCUAGGCAUUGGAUGUAUACAGCAUUCAUACUGAAAACAAGGGAAGCCCAAGAGUGUUUUUCAGGUUUCAAACUUGUCCUGGUUGUGCAUAUCUUAGUUACGAAGUAUCACGUUCAAAAGCAGGAAUCUCAACUUCUGCCCCUUCGCGAUGUUGACUUCCAAAAUUGUUUGACUGCAGUGAAUGGCCAGAGAGUCAUUUGCUUCAACAAUACCCCAAAAUGCAGAACUGUCCCGGCAAAUUCUGUAUUGUUGGCACCUAUGUAAAAAAAGCAAUUCAAACUUUUUGCUAUCACCACCCACCAUUCUUUAUUGCAUCAUCCUGCAGCUGUCUCUAAUUUUAACUGCUUAAUUACCUCACAAAGAAUACUGUAUUUGCAUAUUUUCCCUGAUCUCUGGUCAUUACUUCAUAUACCCCUUGCACCAUUAUGUGUCAACUCCCCAUUAUUAGCUUUAGAUUGUAAGCCUACAAGUUAUCUUGCUAAGCAUUUUAUAUAAAAUUACUCUAUUUGCUAUAUUUUUUCCUUUUGUAUCAGUAUGUGUUCAUUAGUUAUCUGUAUUCUAUCGACUGUACAGCACUGUGGAAUAUGUUGGCGCUAUAUAAAUAUCAAAUAAUGUUAAUAACAUAAUGAGGGGUCAGUUUAAAUAAGCACAAUAUUAAACAAAUAUACUCAGUUAUUAAAAUAAAAUCGGAUACAUGUACUCUUCAUUGAGAAUAUUGGCUGAGGUGAUUUAAUUCCAUUUAUCGUCUUUGACACUUAAAGAAGCACUUUAGUGUCAGGAAAACAAAACCCUGGCACUAUAGGGUUAUUAGGUCCCCCCCUCCCGCUGGGCUGAAGGGCUUAAAACCUCUUCAGUCACUUACCUUAAUCCAGCGUCGUGGUCCCUCGGCGCUGGUGACCUCUCCUCCCCCUGCCGACGUCAGCUCCCGAGUGGAGACGAAUGUGCAUGCACGGCCAGAGCGUCGUGCGCAUUCUAACCGCCCAAAGGAAAGCAUUACUGAAGGCUUUCCUAUGGGGAUCUGAACUCACACUGCGUGAGUUCAAUAUGAUUUUCACACAGAGAAUUGCGGAAGCGCCUCUAGUAGCUGUCAGGGAGACAGCCACUAGAGGCUGGAUUACCCCUGCAGUGUAAACAUAGCAGUUUCUCUGAAACUGCUAUGUUUACAGCUGCAGGGUUAAAACUAAGGGGACAUGGCACCCAGACCACUUCACUGAGCUGAAGUUGUCUGGGUGCCUAUAGUGGUCCUUUAACCCCUUAAGGACCAAACUUCUGGAAUAAAAGGGAAUCAUGACAUGUCACAUAUGUCAUGUGUCCUUAAGGGGUUAAAGAUCGUUGCUAAAUGUGUGUUUUACUAUUUCCAAGCUGGCCCAUCUAGCAGCCAAUAUGCAAAGAGAAAAAAAACACCCUUGGCCCCCUACAUGGACAGGUUCAUACAACACUCUAGGUCCAGUUUCUGGAAAUCCCUUUUAGAUUGUCAUAACCUGUUUGGUGGCUUAGACAUCCUAAAAGACAAUACCUCUUAUUCUCCACCACUUGACAUGUUUUUGAGCCUGGAUUGUAUUUUUUGCUCCCAGGACUUAGCAAAUGAGAUUGUAUAUGCACACAUUCACAAGAUCACCUGGUCAGACCAUGCAAUAGUGAAGACACAUUUUCCAGGUUGACCUCUCCUUCUUGGCCUUGGCCUCCAUACUCAGGGAGCCAUAUAUUGCACUAAUGGUUGUCUCUGAAUUACGCAUCUAUUCAGCUAACAAUGAGACCCCAGGCUUGACUAAAAUUGUGUAAUGGGGUGACAUAAAGCGGUGGUGCAGGUUACCACUCCAUGGCAUCAAGAAGAAAGAUUAGAGGAACAUUCGGUGAAUAGAUAGCACUUGUUGAAGCUUAUACUUAAAAAGACUAAUGACACGAACACCUUGCACUUUGCGCUCUUUGGGGUGUGCGUGGACAGGUUGAUCUUUUAGUCUCUUACUGGGUUCUCCAAGCGGUGCAAUCGACAAACGUAUUUUGAGACAGCCAAUAAACCAGAUAAUAUGUUGCCGCACACUUUGUCCCAGCAAACCAAGGAACAUACAGUUCUACAGGUCCUAGCACGACUUUUUUACCAGGGAGGGUAGAUGGAGUUGAAUUUCUAAGUCACAGUUUAUGUUACACAAGUUGAAAAGAGGUGGGGGGCUAUCAUUUCCUCCAGAGCACCAUCCAGGGUGGGUGAACAUGGUGCACAGCACCCAGAGGCUCUAUAGCUAGAGGUGCAUCAGCGGGGAGUGCAGCACUUGGCUCCGUCCCACACAUUAGGCUCUGCCCCUCUCAUUAGGCUCCACCCCCUAGCAAUCCAUUGGGUGGCAGAGCUGAAAAGCAAAGGUUACAAACUAACAAGCUGUUUGAGGACAACAUAGCACUGGUAAGCUGUUUUGAAAGAGAUAUUGGCUAUGGCACUGGUUAGUUAUUUUGGGACAAAGCACUGGUUAACUGAUUAACUAUUUUGAGACAAAAAGGGCACUAUGAAGCUCUGUAGGGGCAGAGAUAGCCCUGUGACGUUGUGUCGGGAGAGAGAUGGCCCUGACCAGCUGUGUGGGGAAAAGGUGUUACUUGGAAGCUGAGCACAAGAAGGUUCAGACAAAGCUUUUUGAGGAUAAAGCUGUCCCUUUAGGAAGUGGGUGACGUUACCUGGUGACGUUGGGGCCCAAAGAGGUCGAGUGGUUUACAUAGAAAAUGGGUGUGGCUAAAAGUGUUAUGUUUGUGAAGGGGAGGGGUUAGCAAUAUAGCCACACCCACCCAAGGGACAUCAAACAUGUUUGUGCGGCCAGGCAUCAGUGACCCUAGGAUCGGGCCUGUGUACCACAAUUAUUUGCUUAUUACAAGGUGGGCUAUGUUAGCCAAGAUAGGUCUACUCUCAAACAGGGCCAGGUGAGUCUCUCUGGAAGAGUUUCUAUUGAUACACUGCAUACCAUCCUUUUUAUCCUAACCCUGCCCUCAUUCAGUUACACCAUAGCCAGGCUUUACAACACUCUCUGCGACUGUGGAAGGAGUAUAGGGAUGUACCUGUCAGAUAACAAACUAAUCAAUGAUAGCACUCUGAAUGAAAUGGGAAAGCUCUUACAGAAGCCUUUCCCGCUUUGUGAGCUCAUUCUCCAUGGACCUCAUGCAGGGCUUACUUGGAUAUUUUUUCUUAGAAGAAAAAAAAAAUUCUUCAGGUUUUUUUGCAAGAUUGCUGUUGUUUUUUUUUUUCAUUUUUAGCUGUAGCAAUCACAGAUAUAUGUGCAUGCCAAUGGAUUGAUUUUGUUUACAUGUCUCUCUAAUGACACCAAUACCUUGCAACUCGCAAAAACCUCCACAUCAUAUAUACCUAUCAUGGUCUUCUAGCUCAGUGGCUCCCAAACCAGUCCACAAGGCUCCCUUACCAGUCCAGGAUUUAUGGAUUGUUUGUAAUGUGUUUUUCCCCCCUUCUAAAACACCUUAGUAACUGGGUAAUCCGUAAAUCUUGCAAAAAAAAAUUGUCACAGGAAGAAUCUGUCUUGACUUCCCACCCAUUUAAAUAUUUGCAUACCGCCCAAGCAUCCCUAUUUAGGAGGGGCAGAUCCUAUUUUUGCUAUUUUUGGUCCAAAUCCUUCUGUCCCUUUUUUCUAUUUUAAUGUCACAUUUCUGUCUAAAAGCUUUAUAUUGUUGCAUACCUCCCAAUAGUCCAGAUUUCAGCGAGACAGUUACAAUUUUCUGGUACUGUCUGGCUGUCCCAACUUAGUUUCCCUGCUGUCUCGCUAUUUUAACUCCACCUCUAGUGGCAAUCUACCAGACAGCCACUAGAGGGACGUCCUCACGCUAUGCAUGAGGACAUCCAGUGACACCCAAAACCCGAUAGGAAAGCAUUGUAUAAUGCUUUUCUAUAGGGGAAGUACUAAUGCGAGUGUGACCAUUGCUGCGCAUGCGCAUUAGGUCUCCCUGCUGACAUCAGCCCAAGGUGGAGCCCGAGCCAGCACCAAGGGACGUUGAGGUAAGUGAAAGAAGGGGUUUUUGUAAAGCUUGAGGAUUUGCAAUAAAUGCAAGAAGUUCAGAGACAUGCAUCUUUUUUCAUUUUAAUUUAUUUACUUUUUAGUUUGAUUCUAUACUUUUAAUAUAUUAUCUAUAAUAAUUCAUUCAAAAAAUGUGGGUCGCCCUUGGUAAGACCCAAACUGAGGUUGCAGGACUCUGGGAUCACUGUGUUAAAGAAAAAUAUAUAUAUAGCUUUGUUUUGUUUUUUUAAUGAAGUAUAUGUAAACAAAAUGAGAAAAACUUACUACCUUUUAGUAUAAGACAGGAUCCAUCAGCCGUUUACAUGCACCUUGGGCCAGACAGUGUUUAAAACCGACAGUUUUAGUCUCUAUAGCCUUACCUGUGUCACUCCAUAGAAGACCAGUAAUCAAGUUUUGUGGGUUUUUUGGUCAAGUUUGUUUUUAGAAGUUUGGAAGAGUUGGGGAUUCAUGAUAAUUCUCUACCUACAGGUGCCAGUGAUAAAAAUUCAGAACUAAUAACUAUAUAACCACACAGUCAUAACAUACAGAAAAUGUAGACAGGAAAUAAAAUAUCAAAACACUUGCUUCAACACUUACAUGAUGAAAAACAUGGUGCAACAAGGGAAACAUUGUUUUCAUUCACAGAAAAGAGAAGGAACCUAAUCAUAAUAUUAACAUUAACAAUAAUUGCUAGCGAGGCACACAGUCAACACUUAUCAGGAAGACUCCAAGUACCAUAAUCACUAUAGCCCACCAUACUAUUUAUGGUGCCAGAGAUGCCUUGUCGUCAUCUCACGAAAAAGUGUCAAAACAUUUUAGAACGCUUUGAAAACUUACCCAAAAUGGUUUUAACUACUUACUGUGGAUGGGGCCAGGCCACUCCUGCCAACUUAACAACUCAGUGGGCUGUAGUGGUUAUGGUGUUUUGAGUGUUUCAUUAAAUCUGUCUCUUUUGUUUCACUUUCCUACUCUAAAAUUCUUCCUUUUGGCUGGUUAUUGUAUUGUAGUAUAUAAUGUCACAGCUCCAUAAACCUACUCUUUCCGUCUCAUUCUUCUAAUCUACCUGAUUUCUACAGUAGAAAGAAAAAGAAUAAAAGGAGACCAGGCAUUCAAAACGCUCCAGAAAUAUAAUACUAAGACUAAAGUAAUGUAGUGCACUGCAUACCAGUUAAUCCUUAGGGAACACCAGGUGGUUAUCGGUCCCAGGUAAAAUAGAAUAAACAAUGCACGACAAAUAAGUGCCCAAUAUAGUAAUGAAAAACUUUUGGGGCAUUUACAGGAAAGGCACAAUGCACAGAAACACAGAACACAGAGGAAGCCAAUCCAAAAAAGUAAACAUUUCAAAUAUUCUAGUCCUUAAUCAUAGGAAUUAAGGAGUGGAAGGUCUGAUACAUGUAAGGUUGUGGCUUGGUUCCCUUUUCUUGCUGUGCAUUGUACCUUUCCUGUGAGUGGCAAUAAUUGUAUUUUUCAUUACUUUGACAAGUACUUGUUUUGGUGUGCUUUGUUUAAAGGGAUCCACUUAGCACCAAAACAACUUUAGCUUAACCCCUUAAGGACUGGACUGUUUUUGCGAUGUUGUACAUUUGCGACCAGGCAUAUUUUUACACUUUUGUGGUGUUUGUGUUUGGCUGUAAUUUUCCGCUUUCUCAUUUACUGUUCCCAUACAAAUUAUAUAUUGUUUUUUUCAGGACAAAAGGGGCUUUCUUUACAUACCAUUAUUUAUAUAAUCUCAUGUAUUUUAAUUUAAAAAAAAAAAAAAAAUAUGAUGAAAAAUUGAAAAAAAUACAUGUUUUUUGACUUUUACUUGAAAAAUCUUUUACUCAUCUACAAAAGCGAAUGAAAAAAACUGCUAAAUAGAUUCAAAAUUUUGUCCUGAGUUUAAAAAUACCUAGUGUUUACGUGCUUUUUUGCUUUUUUUUGCAUGUUAUAGGGCUAUAGGUACAAGUAGGAUAUUGCGGUUUCAAAACAUACAUUUUAAAAAUUUAUCAAUAGUGACAUUGUAACACUAUUAUCUGUCAUAAAUCUCUGAAUAACACCCCACAUGUACAUAUUUUUUUUAAAGUAGACAACCCAGGGUAUUCAAUAUGGGGUAUGUCCAGUCUUUUUUAGUAGCCACUUAGUCGAAAACACUGGCCAAAGUAAGCAUUCAUAUUUGUUUGUGUGUGAAAAAAGUAAAAAAACUAAAUUGAACGCUAAUUUUGGCCAGUGUUUGUGACCAAGUGGUUACUAAAAAAGACUGGACAUACCCCAUUUGCAAUACCUUGGGUUGUCUUCUUUUGCAAAUGGUAUGCCAUCAUGGGGGUAAUUCUCAUUCCUGGGCUACCAUACGCUCUCAAAGGCAACGUAACCAACCUGGCCAUUUUCAAUGUAAAAAUAUUUGACCCAUAUAUUUGACCUUGUAACUUUCAAAAAUGCUAUAAAACCUGUACAUGGGGGGUACUGUUUUACUCGGGAGACAUCGCUGAACACAAAUAUUAGUGUUUAAAAACUGGAAAACGUAUCACAACAAUUAUAUCAUCAGUAAAAGUGCUGUUUGUGUGUGAAAAAUGCAAAAAAAGUAACUUUCACUGACAAUAUCAUCGCUGUGAUAUGUUUUACUGUUUUGAAUCACUAAUAUUUGUGUUCAGCGAAGUCUCCCGAGUAAAACAGUACCCCCCAUGUACAGGUUUUAGGGUGUCGUAGAACGUUACAGGGUAAAAUACAGUGCUAGCAAAUUAAAUUCUCUGGAAUUUCGGCCUGGGUUGGCAGGCAGGUCCCUCAAAUUGCAAUCAAUAAAAUUACUGAAUUAUGUAAAAAUAUUACAUAAAUACGCACGUAGAAUUUAAAUAUAUAUGCAUAUUUAUAUAUUUGAAGUCUACGUGUAUAUUUAUAUAAUUAUUUAUGUAAUUUUGUAUAUGGACAUAUGUAUAUUUCUUAUUAUUUUUAUUUAUUUUUAUAUACAUAGAUAUAUAUACAAAUUCAUUCUAAGUGUAUUUUGAUAUAAAUAUAUAUAUAUUAAUUUUAAAAUACAGUUAGAAUAAAAUUUCAUAUAGCUAUAUAAUUUUUUUAAAUUUUUUUAUUAUUUAAAAAAAAAUGUAUUUAAUUUAAAUUACUUAUUAUUUAUAUUUUAUAAUAAUAUAUAUAUACAAUAUAUAUAGUUAUUAUAUAUAUUAUAUAUAUACGUGUGUAAUUUAAUUAUAAGUGUAUUUUAUAUUAAUAUAAGUACAUAUUAAUAUAAAAAUACACUUAGUAUGACAUAUAUAUAUAUGAUAUAUAGACAUAUAUUAUAUAAAUAUAAUAUAUGUCUAUAUAUCAUAUAUACACAUAUAUAAUUAUUAUUAUUUUUUUAAUUAACACUAACUUUAUUUUUUUUUUUGAUUUUACACUAGCAGGGAGACUGCCUGUCAGCACAGACAGUCAUGGACACCUAUUGCAGGCAGACACAUGGACACCUAUUGUGACCAUGUGAUCGCUGUGUUAAGCGAUCACAUGGCCACAGGGGUCCUAAUCCAGUGUGGGGAGACUGUCUGGGCUGCAGGCAGUCUCCCAACAACCGGAGGCACGCUGAUCGCCGCCGGGGGAACGACGGCGAUCAGGUAAGUAACGGAAACCGUUAGGACGGUUCAGGACCGUCAUCGGUCCGCAAUGGGAAAAUCCCGAUGACGGUCCUGAACCGUCCUGGGUCGCGAAGGGGUUAAAAAGGGAUAUUAUAGACAAACUAACUUUAGCUUGCUGAAGCAGUUUUAGUGUAUUGAUCAUGCCCUUGCAGUCUAACUGUUCAGUUCUCUGCCAUUUAGUAUUUAAAUCACUUUGUUUAGCAGCACUAUUCACACCUCCCUGCAUGUGACACAACCUUACUAUACUCUUAAUGUAAAGAGACAUCUAAUGUUUUAACUUCCUUUAUUGCACAGUCUGUUUAAUUUUAAAUUUUAUGGGGAGUCCUGCGUGUGAUUAAAGUUUAUGGGGAGGGAAUGAGACACAUGGGGAGGUAGACUUUGGGAAUGAGACACAUUGAGGGGGAGACACAUUGAGGGGGUGGACUUUGGGAAUGAGACACACGGGGGUGUGGGAAUGAGACUGUGAAAAUGAGAUACAAUAAGGGGUAGACUAUGAAAAUGAGACACACUAGGGGUGACUGUAGGAAUGAGACACAUGGGGGGUAGACUGUGGGAAUGAGACACUUUGGGGGGAUCCGGGGGAAUGAGACACGGGGGGCAUGGGGAGGAAAUAAGACACAAGGAGGGACUGGCUGAGAAACGAAUGGAAGAGCUGGGCUAAUGAGACACAUGGAAUGGAGUGGCUUGGGGUAAUGAGACACAUGGAAUGGAGGGGCUGGCGGAGGGACACAAAGAAACAUAGAGAGGCUGGUGGAAAGAGACACACAGGGGGCUGGGAAGAGGAGAAAGAGAAACAGAGGUGUUGGAGGUGCAAAAAGACACAGGGGGGCUGGGGAAGGAGCAAAAGAGACACACAAAGGCUGGGGAAGGAGUAAAAGAGACAGACAUAGGCCUGGGGGAGAGACACCCAGAGGGGCUGUGGAGAGAAAGAGACAUGGUGCAGAGGGAAGUUACACACAGAGGGGCUGGGGAGAGAAAGAGACAUGGUGCAGAGGGAAGUUACACACAGAGGGGCUGGGGAGAUAAAGAGACAUAGAGGGGAUGGGGAAGGGAAGAAAGAGAUACACAAAAAGGGGUAAGAAUUCAAGAGUGGGAUUACAGGACGCACAGGUGAAGAUGCAUUUUUUUGUGGGGAGGAAGUGCAUCUUUGCCUGUGUAGCCGAAAACCCUUGUCAGUAAGCACAGAAAAUGUUUCAGGGUAUUAUAGUUCAGAUAAAAGUUGAAAACUGAUAACUGAACUACAAGUUCCAGAAACUUAUGUUCUGUCCAUUCUCCCUUGCCAUGCUGAGAUUUCUGUGUACGUUUGUCAAUAUAAAAUUACAUGAAAAUAGGAACUGGUUCAUAUACAAUUGUUCUUGGCAGGGCUCACUGCAGGAAUUCAAAUCCUGAAGUUUUAUUGCAAAUGUAGCAACUUCAAAUGUACGCUUUUUUAAACUUUUGUUAUUUUGGAUUAUUUGUUUUAAAAUGCACAUAGAAAGUGAAAAUGUUUGUUUGGGCCUGGAGUGCUCCUUUAAAAGCCUUUGAAACCGUAGAAUCAACAGCCAUGUUAAAGGGGCACCCUAAGCAUGCUGUAGUGGUUCUCUUGAAAUCAGCACUUUUAUAAAAUGUGAAAGAGGAGACACAGUUAACACCUAAAGCACUUGAGCAAACUGAAGUGCUCUAUUGGUUUUGAGUGUUCCUUUAAGUGACAUUUGUAUUCACUCAACUUAAUCUUUUCCUCUGUAGUCCAAGCAGAACCAGAACAUCGAGAUGUGUCGACAGGAGGCAGAAGAGGUGAAAAUAUUGAUGAAAGAUAACGUAGAGAAAGUCAUCGAGAGGGAAGGAAAACUCUCUGAGCUAGAAGAUCGAUCUGAUAAACUACUUGAUAUGGUAUGUUUAAGUUGUUAAAUGGACACUCUAAUCACCAAACAACUUUAGCUUAAUGAAGCUGUUUUAGUGUAUAUGAUCAUGUUCAUUUUAACGGUUUCCCUUGAGAAGUAUUUAUCUCCUGCUCUGUUAAUGUAUCUUUUACCACACAUACAAGGUUGUUGUAGGCUCUAGAAGCAAUUAAUAGAGCAAGAAAUAAAUAGGAGAUAAAUUCUAAAUUAAACAGACUGUGCCGUAAAGGAAACUUAGAAUCAGAUUCAGAAAGUGGGUAGGGAGACUUUGUAAGUCACGUGCAGGGCAGGUGUGGCUAAGGCUACAUCAACAAGGUGAUAAACUUCUAUACACCAAAACUGCUUAAUUAUACUGAAGUUGUUUUUAUGCUUAGAAUGUUCUUUUAACUUGACUACUCAGCUCCAUGCCCAAGUUGAGAUAUAAAACGUUUACUACAAUAUUUACUCUGUAAUAAGAAAGAAUACAAAUAAAUACUUCUUUAUUUAUUUUCUUGCAAUUCUAUGCAACUGAAUGAGAUCUAAAAUAUCCUUUUUAUAUAAAUUAUUUGUAAAUAAGAAAUAAAUGGAAACAACUGGUCAGAGUAGACAGAACAUUGUUUCAACUGCAUAUUAAUUGGUCUUAUGUUGUAAUGUUUUUUUUCCAUUAAAGAGCAUACUUCAGUGACAUGGCAUACACCUGUACAUCAUAUCAACUGCCUGAGAGGAGGGAUGAGCCUGUCACUGCUGUCUGCCUUUUAGUGGCUCCCUAUCGGUUUACACUCUAUCACAUCCUGUUACUAGAGGCUCUGAUAUACAUAAAUAUAUUAUAUUACAAUUUCCCAUAGAUACAGUGCAGCACUGUGUCUUAUUCAAGAUCCUUUUGUAGCUGUGUCAUAUACUAUGUAGACAUAUGUUUACUGUAAGUAGGUGAAUAGGCAGAUUCUUGGAGAAGCUCAAUCUUGUUCUUCCCCCUCUAUAUUCUGUUGUCAUUGUCAGAUAUGAUAGUGUGUCAUUGUUAUGUCAUCUAAAUACUAUCUACACUGUCUUCCAUACAUGGAAAGUAAUUAUAUGCUUUUAGAAUAAUUUCAACUUAUACCAUCCUGGAUUUGAUUUCUGUUUUCUUCUGUUUUGCUUCUGUGGACACAAAAUGCAGUUCCCCCUACAUUUUAUCAUUGAACACACUGCUUGAAAUGAACUUAGAGCUUUUCUUACUGCAGUUACCCUGUCCCUUGAGUCUUUUUUUUUUUUAUAAAUUCUUUAUUUUUGUUGUGCAGGUGGUUACAGGUUUUUGACAGACGCCACAACAGCGUAUCUGAAGCUUUCACAAUAGUCAGACAGUGGCAUGAUAAUUCGCACAAAUUUUAUAUUUUGCAAGCUUAACUGAGCAGAUAUGUCAUCAGAGUGAAAUAAAAUAAAAUAUAACAAAAUAAUGAUGCUGGUUGCUUGAUACUGCUACGUCAUCUAUGCUAGUACAGGUAUGGUGUGUUAACUCGUUUUGUAGAAUAACAGUAGUUGAUUGCACAAUGGAGCAGUUGUGCCCCAUUUUUAGAAUUAUGCAGUGUGUAGUUUAACAAAGCUUUUUAGAAACAGGCGUAAGUAAUAUGCUUUGUGUAGUAUGUAGUUUGACAAAGCUUUUUAGAAGCAAGCACAGAUAAUAUGCACUAUGUAGAUUAUAAUGUAAUCAGUCUCAUGUAAAAUAAGGCAAAACAGUAGACAGGUCUGAUCAAUAAUGUAAAGAUACAAAGCUAGAAUAACCAAGUACUGUCCUGCAACUAGCGUAGCUUAAAAGAAAUAAUAAAGAUUGCCCUGUUCAAUGCAAACUCGCUACUCGUGUUAAUUAACAUGGUGCUUCUUAAGGCUUUAAACAAAUGCGAUCUCGAUUUUAAUCUAAUAAUAAUAAGUAAGUCAUUAAUGCCUCUACCUCAAUGCACCUCUGCCGGUCAUUAGCCUAAAUAUUACUUAUCUUAGAGAGACAAGGCUGGACAUUAAGCUAUACAGAGUUCGCUAGAGCUGCAUGGACGUGGUGGUGUGGCAGCAGUCCAAGCCGCAGUGUAGCAGCAAAAGUCAGCCAACUCCUGUGGUCGGCAGUGGCAUGGUACUAGCCGGAAAGUCCCUUGGGGCCUCGGUGUUGUGGGUUGAGAAAGCUGAAGGGGCUCCGCCGUUGCUUCUCGGGCCUCCUUGAGUACUUCGGGUAGCGGGGAUGUUUCCUUGGUGGCGUGAUGGCUGUUCUGCUCUCCUUGCUGUGUCACGAGUUGGUGUCUCUGGGCGUCCUCUUGCUGUGAGGGCAAAGCCCGUCUGGAUGUUGGUUGCGGUUGUGUUUUUGCUGUGGAUGAGCAUAGGCCCCAUGGGUGCGCCUCUGUAUUAUGCUUUUUGUCAGGCCAAGGAUGUAGGCUCUCUGGGUGUGUCGGGGCCCUGAUUGGCGGCGUCGGGUGCAUGGUCUGCAAGCUUUAGGACUGGGCAAAGCCCUCCUUGCCCCUUGUUGCUCCGUACCAGUCUUUGGUCUGGCUGUGUGCCUCGUCGGCGGCCCGCGUGCAGGUGUAGUAGUGGGCAGUCGAGGAAUCGUUGUGAUUGUUUGGGUCUGUGCCAGUGUGGCCUUCCACUGCGUCCAAAAGUGUUCAAAAGCUGCUGCUAUGCAGUCUUCAUGGUGUAAUUCGCUUGUCAGCCAUGUUGGUAGAGGUUGGGCGCGUGGAGUCCCAGGAGCUCGGUCGGCUGCCGCCAUCUUGGCAUCUGAGUGUGGAUUACUUGCGGCUUUGGAGGUUUGUAGGGUUCUGUUGCCCUGUGGCGUGUGGACCGGGAUGACCCCCGCCGGUCCAUAGGGGGGGGGGAGUAAGGGCCCUUAGUCAUCGAGGUAGCUAAACGUGGCGGGAGAGCGGCCGUCCCUCCCGCGCUCGCCAUGUGACUAGGCCCCGGUCAUCUGACCGAUGAGUAUAUCUUGUAAUGCCGUUUGUGAGGGAUCAUUCCGCUCUGCUUAACUUCCCUUUUCAUUUGCUGGCCUUUGUGGCUUGAUAAGUCGCUUUUUGGGUCGUUUAAAAUUGAUUGGUAGUGUAGCUUAGUAUAGGAGCUCUGGAGUUUCGUGUCCUCACGGCUCUGCUGUUAGGCCCCGCCCCCCUUGAGUCUUUUUAAAUGUGAUAAUACCGCAAUAUAAUAAGAGGGCUUCUGUGUGAGGAAGAGAGAACACACAUUGUAUACUUUGUGUUUGUUCACUUAUUCACAGUUUUACAGCAGAUCCACACACACAAGCCAUUUUACAAGAAUUUGCUAUCUCAGGUACCCUAUCCUUUUCCAGAAUCAACAAAACUAAAUCAGAAAUGUUCAAUAUUAAACUCACCAUUGACUUAGAGCAAGCAUGUCAAACUCAAAGGCUAUCUGGGGUAGGACUGUUUUCGGAGAUUUUGCUGACUUACUGAUAACAAGUUAUACAACUAAAAUGUAAUUUAAAACAAGGACAGUGUAUUUCAUUUACACGUUACUGUAAGUAUUAUUGCUGUGUAGCUAUGUUAUACACUCAGACACAUCAAGAAUAUGGAGCUCCUAGAAAAAAGUGACAUUAGGAUAGAAUGAGGCGCAGAGGGUUUUGGGCCAGCAAUAGGGACUGUCCCUCCUAAAUAGGGACACUUAGGAGGUAUGUAACACACAAUUCUAUUUAUUAUAUGAUAAAGACUGGGUGUGGGUCAAACAUUAAUCACUUUGCUUGUAAUUUGCAUUUGGAUCUACAUAAACAAUGUUUCGUAGAUUUGUGUGUCGCAGAUUUUUGUAAAAGAUAACUUUUUUUUUUAUAUAUAAUACAGAGUGCCAGAACCUUGCUUGUAUGUGUAUAAAUAAUAAGAACAGACGUGAUUGCACUCACUCUGAAUCCAAAUUCCAUAUGCUUUGAAUAGCUGCUAUAGGCCCCACAUAUAAUACAGAUUAAGGAACAGUGUACUCAUAAAAUACAUUUCUAAAUUCUAUAAGGCUACUUAAAAUUGCCUAUGUCAGCAAACAAAUAUGGGGAUUCAGUUCCACUUUACAAUACCCCAAUAUCGUUGGGUCCUACACUAAUUCCAACGUGGGAGAGAAAUCAAAUAGUGUUUGCAUCUGUGUGUCUGUUUAUCUGCAUGUGUGGCAAUUUUUGUUUUUAUCUGUGUGUCUCUACAUCUGUAUGCGUGUCAGUGUGUUCGUUUGUAUGUCAGUGUAUCUGCAUGUUUGUCAGUGUGUGUAUCAGUGUGUCAGUGUGUGUAUCAGUGCGUAUGUGUAUCUGCAUGUAUGUAAGUGUGUGUAUCAGUGUGUCUGUGUAUCUGCAUAUGUGUCAGUGUUUGUAUCUGUGUGUCUGUAACUGUAUGUGUGUCAGUGAAGGUUUGAAUAGAAACGUCAUUUUAAUUAUACUUUUCAUUUGGUAUAGAGCAGAUAUAUAAUUUGCAUUGUGAGUAUAUACAUCAAAGCACUAUCACUUUAAUUGUUUAGUUUUGACAUUGCAUUUUUAUUGUUUUUAACACUUUAAUUUUGCACUAUAUAUUCACAAUGUUUUUACAACAGAUUAUUAAACUACACUUUAGCUUAUUUAGCACUAGCACUAUUUAAUUUGUCUCCCACACUGGAAUUAAUGUAGGACCCACCAAUAUUGGGGUACUGUAUAGUAGUUAUGGGCUUGACACAAUAUGGUCAGAUGGCGGAACUGAAUCCCCAUAUUUGUUUGCUGAGAUAGGUGAUUUUAGGUAGCCUUAUACAAUUUAAAAAUAUAUUUUAUGAAUGCGAUGUUCCUUAAUCUGUAUUAUGUAUAAAUUUUGGUCACUACGGCAGCACCAUUCCUGCAAGGGGCAUCUUCCAGGUGUGCCCCCAAUUCCCUUUUGUUUUUAAUAUGCCCCAUAUAUGUGAAACAAAGCACCUAAUAGUAACAAAAUAAUAAUACAUUUACACAACCAAAUCCAGCAUUAACAGUUUAAAUAAGAUGUAUUCAUAUUUAUGUUGUAUCACAGAGUGGUAUUAAUAGUUUUAUUUUUUUUUUAUUUUUUAUUAGGCCUCCAACUUCCAGAAGACUGCCAAGACAGUGGAACGCCACACACGAUGGCAGAAGUGGCGGUGGUAUUUCAUCAGUGGAGGCAUUGUUGUUGUGUUUGUUGUUAUAAUCAUUAUUGUCAUCUUGGUUAUGACGAGUGGUGGGGAGAACAGACCUGCACAAGAGACAACAGAGAAAAAUGACGCCAAUUGAUAAAAUCUCAGCAUUGGACAUUGGAUGAAAUAUCCCAACAUCUCUGUUAGAAGUGAGGAAGCCAGUGAGUGACGAAGAGGUAUCUGAGAUAUACUGAGAACUGAACAGUCAUUGUUUGUACAACUACAGAAAAUGUAUUAUCUCCCACAUUUUCUAUAAGGUCUUAAAGUCUGUUUUCUCUUCAUCCUUCUCCCUAUACAUACACUUUGCUUCUUUUACCUUGCAUUAAAGGCUGUGAUUUUCAAGGGGCAGCUUAUAGAUGCUUUUUAUUUUGGUAUUAGAGAGUCUAUUAAAAACAAAAUCUCAAGUUGUACAGUUUCUGCAGUGUAACACAGGGAAAAAAAGUCUUUCAUCGCUUUGAGACAAUUGUCUUAUUCAAAAGCUUUAGCUUUAAAUGAGACAGCUGCCUCACUCUGCAGGUUGAAAAAAAACAGGUAAAACAGGUUUUUUUUAUUUUUUUAUAUUUUCCUGCAUCUUUUUUCUUAUGCUUUAUAGACCCACUCCAGUGGGAACACUGAUCUAUCCAAUCAGUGUCUUAUCCCUAGGAAUCCUGAAAAAGUGCACUGGGCAUAAUGGACAGAUUUACAGAUAUACAGUUGGAAGAUCCCUUCAGUUUGCAAAAUCUUGACAGUGGAAGAGAGGUAGUCUGAUCAUUGUGAUCAUGCAUAGCGGGCUCUGGUGUUGAGUUUCUCUCUCCUGCUGCUACAAAAAGUACUUUUUCUGUUAUUAGUGCACUGAUCUGAGUUGGCUGGGUAAAAAGGGGAAGGGGUGAAGUUUUUCUUGCUUUAUCUUAGUUUGUAUAAUUGUUUAAAAUUGUCUGCUGGUUUAAAAAAAAGAAAAAGUAAAGUGAUGCAUGUCUUUUUAAAGUCACAUCCAUCCUGCAGGAAUCUGCUUCAGCUAUGCAGAUGUCAAGACAACUGCCAGUUCAGUGGCCUGUUUAAUGCACUGGAAGUUUAUUUCAAAUUAUAAAUGGAUAUAAAGCAUUCUAUGUUGCAAAUUGCUGUGUGGUGUCAUUAUUUAUGGUAUAAAAUAAUUA